UCGCGUCGCCCGACCCAGCCCGGCGGGAGGCAACCGGCGGCCGCCGCCUGGCGCCCCGCGGCCCCCCGGCCCGCGCCCGCGCCUCCCCUCCCCCCUCCCGCCGCGCGCCGCUCUCUCUCGCUCUCUCUCUCUGUGCCAUGUUAGCCGCGCGCUCUCUCUCUGUCUCCCCCACAGAUCUCGCGAGAGCGGCCGGCUGGCGGUGGUGGCUGCGGAGGGGGUUGGCUCGGCGGCGGCAGGAGCAGUAGCGGCGGCGGGCGGAGGAGGCGGCGGCGGCGGCCGGGGGGCGCAGGCAGGCGGGAGGGCGGGCGUCGGGAGGCCCGGCGGCGGCGGCGGAGGCGGAGGCGGCGGCGGCAUCAUGGCGGACCGAGACAGCGGCAGCGAGCAGGGCGGCGGCGGCGGGGCGCCGGGCCCGGGCGGCGGCGGCGGGCCGGGCGGCGGCGGCGUGGGCCUCCAGCACGAGACGCAGGAGCUGGCCUCCAAGCGGGUGGACAUCCAGAACAAGCGCUUCUACCUGGACGUCAAGCAGAACGCCAAGGGCCGCUUCCUGAAGAUCGCCGAGGUGGGCGCCGGGGGCAGCAAGAGCCGGCUGACGCUCUCCAUGUCGGUGGCCGUGGAGUUCCGCGACUACCUGGGCGACUUCAUCGAGCACUACGCGCAGCUGGGCCCCAGCCAGCCGCCCGAGCUGGCGCAGGCCGCGGACGAGCCCCGGCGGGCCCUGAAGAGCGAGUUCCUGGUGCGCGAGAACCGCAAGUACUACAUGGAUCUGAAGGAGAACCAGCGCGGGCGCUUCCUGCGCAUCCGGCAGACGGUCAACCGCGGCCCGGGCCUGGGCUCCACGCAGGGCCAGACCAUCGCGCUGCCGGCCCAGGGGCUGAUCGAGUUCCGCGACGCCCUGGCCAAGCUCAUCGACGACUACGGCGUGGAGGAGGAGCCGGCCGAGCUGCCCGAGGGCACCUCCUUGACGGUGGACAACAAGCGCUUCUUCUUCGACGUGGGCUCCAACAAGUACGGCGUCUUCAUGCGGGUGAGCGAGGUCAAGCCCACCUACCGCAACUCCAUCACCGUCCCCUACAAGGUGUGGGCCAAGUUCGGGCACACCUUCUGCAAGUACUCGGACGAGAUGAAGAAGAUCCAGGAGAAGCAGAGGGACAAGCGGGCCGCCGCCGCCGCCGCCUCCUCCUCGUCCUCCGGGGGAGCCGAGCAGCAGCCGGAGGCCGAGAGCAGCAGCAGCAGCAGCGCCGCCGCCGCCGCCGCCGGCCCGCCCGGAGCCUUGCUGCAGGCCGAGGAGCCCGAGGAGGAUUGAUCCCCCUCCCUUGUCCCCUCCCUCGCCCCCACUCUCCCCUCCCCACUUGGCUGCCUCCUCCCUGCCCUGCUGCACAGAGACACUCGUAAUAAUAAUGACAACAACAACAGCAACAACACACACAGAAAGAGACUUUAUACUGUAAGCGAGCGCGCGAGAGAGAGAACCGACACCCACACACCGAAAAAAAGACAUGCAGUUAAAUAUAUUCUUGUUACUCUAACUCCAAGGGGAGCACCGACCGACCACCCAUCACCAAGACUGACAGCCGAGCAAGCAACUUCUUUCUCUCCACCCCAUCGCUGGAUUGUUCCUUCCACUCUUACCCAUCGUAUAAAACAGUAAGCAGCUGCUAAAACAAAAAAACAAAAACAAAAAAAAAUUACAAAAAAAGUAAUAACAUUAUAUAUGAUGAACUGUGUUUCCUACUUGAUUAAAAAUAUAAAGAACUGAGUGUUUAUUUCCCUAAUUAACCAAGAACUUUUGUACACGUUUAAGCUAUUAUUAUUAUUAAAAAGUGUUUGCAAAAAUGGUCAAGAUUAAAAUAUUGCUGAAUUAUAUUAAAAAGAGAAAAUGUCCUUUUCAUGUUGAGCUAACAUUUGACUUUAGCACAAAAAAAGAGAUAUUUUAGAACACGUAAAAUAAUAUUUUUAGUUUUUUCUUCUCAUUUUGUUACCAAAUUUCAAAAACCUUACAUGGAGGUUAUUAUAGUAUAUUUGACACCCUAUAUACCUGUGAUUAGAGAUGUGUAUAUAUAUUUGAGGGCUAGGCAUGCUGUGUGUCUGAGCUUUGUCUAAAUGUUAUGCAGAAGUCUGUAGAGUUAAAAGGUACGUAGGUUUAAUUCAUGCAAGGUAAACAAUAAGUGCUCUCUUUUAUACAAUAUGCAUUGCAUCUGGACCUUAAACAUAUAAAAUGGUCAGUGAAACUUCUGUGAACAUGAAGAAAAAUUAUUAAAAAGGCAUUUAAAUGAAAUUUGCUAACUUGUGAUUUUUACGGUUUGAGCCAAAGUUAUUCAAAUAGUAAAAAGAGAGAGAGAGAGAGAGAGAGAAUAAUCUCCCAUAUUUUUCUGCACCUGUUUGAUUUACAACUAAGUAGUUAUAUUGUCAUUAUUGUGUAUAUCAGAUGUACUUGUAUUGUUCAUAAUAUAUUUUUUUUAUGAUGUGUACUUAACCUACAGCAAUUUCCAGUAAACCUGUUUUUGAAUAACAGGUGGUGGUGAGGGGUUUUGUUUUUUUUCUUUCUCCUUUUUGGGGUGUGUGGUCACUAGCAGUACCCCUCCUCCUUUAACUUGUUUAAGUCUGAAUUGAAACUCCAGUUUGUGCUAGUGCUAACUAAUUUGUGUAGGCCUGUCAUAGAAAUCAGUGCAACAUGAUUAUUGAGUAAUCUACUGAGCCAUGGAUUUUGAGUUUCCUUUAAAAGUGAAAGCCAAGUUGGUGUGUUGUAAAGAAAUUUUCAUGUAGCUGUGGUGCUAGUUAUUGCUGGCUACAUACUUCAUGUAGUAGUGACCCCCCCUCCCUUCCCCAGUGUGCAAAGCCUUCAGUUAAAAGUAUGUACUUUGUGUGAUAUAUUAAAACUGUAGGAUAUGAAAACAGAGUCUAUCAGAACACUAAACUGUCAAAUGGUGUUCUCCAAAUUGCAAUUAUUUGUAGUAAUAUACUUUCACAGACUUUUCUUUUUAAAAUGUUUGUGUGCUUUUAAUUGACUAACUUCUUGCUGCUGUAUAGUAAAAUAUUAAUAUAUUUUUAUCAUUAAACUGCUGCAUGACUAUCAUCAUUGCAAGUGAAAAGAAUAUGUUAUAAAUGAUGCCUUAAACAGUAGAAAAAUAGUUGGAAUUCUGUAGGAAGAGUUGACAAAAUAAGAAUCUUUGAGUUUCUGGAGUGUAACCAUAUUUUAACAUCUUUGACAAAUUUAACAUUGUAGAUUUAACUGCUGUAUGUAGAAGAUGCCACCUGUAGGAACAGAAGUUUUCUGUGCUUUUCUUUGAUUGUAAGAGGUUGGGCCUAGGAAGGACAAAGAGAUUGUUCAAAGGAAAUGUAUUUUGUUUUCAUUAAAGUAUAAUUCCUUUUUUGGAGAUGUACUGUAAGUAUCAAUAUAAAAUCUGUUUCCGUUGUACCAUCCAUCUCUCGUUAAACAAGCCUGCUACUGGUGUCUGUAGAGCACCAAAUGUGCAAUAAUGUAAUAGCAGUUAGGAAUUUUUGUUUUAACUAUCACUGGAAUUUAUUACAUUGUUUUCUAAGGUGCACUUUUCCACAUAGCAAAAAUAAGCUUCCAUAGUGCAUAACAUGAUAACUAAAAUGGUUCUCGACUGCAUGUAAACAUUGAUUGAUAAAUCUGCUUUGUUUUAAUUUGGAGGGUUUGUUGAGCAGCUUUGUAUUGUAUUUGAACUGUGAUGUGGAAAGGACUGCAUUCACCAUGCUACAGGUACCAAGGGAAGUUAACAUUGCUGUGAUUUUGUUAUCUGGUUGUCUUGGUUCUGCUGUUCUCUCUGGUUUUAAAAGUUGCAGUACUGCAGAUUGGCACACACCAUUCAGUUAGAAGUUUUGUUUUCAAGCAAUAACUUGCAUGGGUCAGUGAAUAUGCAGCAAAGUAAGCUUUUGUUUCUUAUGAAAUGAUAUAAACUUAGAAAAAGAGAGCAAAAUCCCUCUUUCAGUUUAGGCUGGAAACAGACAAUAAUUUUUAAGAGAGCUAAAACUGGUUUUAGAGUGGCUUUGCUUUCCUUUGUGUACACAUACAUACAGGUGCAGAUCUGUCCCACUGUCUCUUCUGAUCAGUUUUCCAGAUUUUGUGAAACCAUCCAAACUCCUGUUGAUUAAAUUCAAAAGUGGGUCUCUUAGAAACUGCAUUUGGCUCUCUGAAAAAACUAUCAUUUGAUUCCAGCCAAUGUUGAGGUUAUUUUAUACACAGAAGUUAUUAAUAGAGUCCUCAUUUUGCUUAUUUGCUUCCCCCCCCUCCCAAAUCUAAAUGGAUGAAACAUUUCUUGACCCAAGUGUCUGAGGAUCCUCACUUUGAUCUGGCUGGGUCAAGAACAUGCAGGGGUUGUGCAAUUCUGCUUGUUUACCCUCACAUCUUACCACGAUUUUAACAAAGUUCUGUGUCCUGAGACAGAACGUUUUGAUUUAUAGAUACGUAUAGAUAGUCAAAAGACUUGGAUCAAAGGCAGUGAUAAAAUGUUAUUGUUUUAAAGCUUCUUUUUUCCACUUGAGGUGCUUGGUCCUUUGCUCAGUGUUUAAAAUGAGCAGCAGUGGGAAACCCCAGUUUAAGGCCAGAAGAAUAAAAGUAACGGUAUAUUUGACCAUAUUUUGUGUUCUGAAAACAGUAUGCUCAAAUGUGCCAAGCAAUCCAGCUUUUCAAAAACAUGCCUUAUUUUCCUUAAUAUGCUUUUCUGUGUCUUGUAGGAAAGAUCCAAGGUCAUAAUGCUACUUUAUAUAACAAAGUACAAGAAAACUUGAAAUCCACUGCAAUACAAACAUAGCCUGUUUUAUUUUAAGCUAAAGGGACACUGUCAAGUAACUUACAUUUAAAACAUGACCGCCCUUUCAGGUGAUUACCGCAUGGCAAACAAUGUCCUCAUUUUAAGUCCACUUGUUUUUUUUUAAAUACUGUCUGAGAAAUGAAAUAAACAAAUUAAAAAUUA